AAAAUUCUGAUUGCGAACACGUGGUACUUGCCGGCUCUGCCGCCGCAUCGCAUCCAUAUAAAAGCAAAAGGACAUUUCCAAUUGGAGUUCAGAAUCAAGUUAGACAUCGAACGUGCAACAUCAUCAUCAGACAGCCAACCGCCCAGAGCAUAAGUUCAUCGAAAUAUGCUUCCGGUAUUGCCAACCUCACAUAGCAUAGUACAGCAACAACAGAAUCAUCAUUUAGUGGAUAAUAGCCGAGGCAGCAGUCGUCAAAGUCCCACACCGAGUAGUCCAAAUAAGCGUAGCUCCAGUAUGAUAUUCCGCAUUGAACAUUUAUUGCCUCAAACGGCCAACACAACAGUUCCGGGGUCAUCAUCAUCGCCACCGGCAGCACCUACAUCUCCCGCAGCUGCAACACGGGAGAAAAAUGGCAGUCCCUCAGCCUCCAGCUCACCCAAAAAAUCGAAAAUCAUUCGAGCUGGAGUCCAUGUGACCCAGUUAAUACCCAAGGAUACCACAUCGAUUUUAAUUGACAGUCAUGCCCUCCUCACUGCCAGCCACCCAGAAAUGGCCAACAAUGAGCCACUGGCACGUGCCUAUUGUUCGCUAUCGCCCAAGGGAGAUGUUCUCAUUCUGAAUGCCUCCAUAAUGCGUAAAAUUAAGCUCUCCGAGGAUAUCCAUAGCUACAAUGCCCUCUUCGAGUUGCACAAUGGACAGGUGCAAUUGCGUGUGGUACGUGAUGUGCAACGUGAUGAGGAGAUUGUGGCCUGGUUUGGUGAGGAGCUAACCCUGCUCAUGGCCAUUCCUUUUCUCACCCCUCUGAAUAUUCAAGGUAACAAUAGGUAUAUGUGUCACUGGUGCCAUUUGACCUUUGAGACACCGAAUCCUCUAAAAAUACACCUGGCCUUGGGUUGUGGACGUCACAACAUUGAUGUUCUAUGGAUACGCCUACACUAUGCCCUCAAGGCCAAGCAAUAUAGUCAGCAACUUUUUACACUGCCCUUGGUGGGUAAUGCCACAACGGCACGGAGUUCACCACACAUGAUUAGUUCCGGCAGCACCACAACGACAACAACAACGGCGAACAUUAGUGUGCCUCAAUCCUCUACAAGUUCCAUGCGCAGCCUAUCGCCCUCAUACUCACCACCUGGUCCAGCACAAACAUCAUGCUCAUCACCACCGCCCAGAUUUUCCGCCUUCAAGCCAAUUUCGUUGGCCACACCAGCUGGCGGCCGAGCCAACGCCCCACAUCCAGCCACCUCAUUGCCCGUAUCCCUGGCCACAGCUCUCAGUGGUCAGCCACAUCUACACACCUCCACGCCAGCACCGCAUAUGUCAUUCCUGCCCACCUUUUCAACGGCCGGUUUUCCUCACAUGAGUCUGCUACACCCGCCCCCCAGUACAAAUCCCCUUAAUGCCGCCGCUCAAAUCGAGGCCAUUGUCAGUAAUAUGGGUGCCUCCAAACAGGGUCAUCUCUGUAUCUAUUGUGGCAAAAUGUAUUCCCGCAAAUAUGGUUUGAAAAUUCACAUACGCACUCAUACCGGGUUCAAACCGCUCAAGUGUAAAUAUUGCCUAAGGCCUUUUGGCGAUCCAAGUAAUCUGAAUAAACACAUUCGUUUACAUUUACAAACGUCAUCGUCGGGACAUGGGGGACAAGGCACGCCAGGAUCGGAGGUAUAUCAAUGUACUUUGUGUCACAAAACAUUUGCCCGAAGGCGGGAUCUACAGAAACAUGUGGAAAAUCGCCAUGGGGAGGCCCAUGCGGCCGAGAGUAAAAUGGAAACUGGUCACACGGAUUAGGCGGUCUUCAAAAUUACCUAACAUAUACUAAAUACAGGAACAUAUUACCUCAUUCCCAGGGGCCAAAACGAUCUCAAAGAACCAAAUGUGAUACUAGUUUUAAGGCACACACACACAUUUAUUAGAAAUACAUUCACCACUACAUACAUAC